UCAGCGACUUAUAGCGGGACUGCGGCGGGCAUUCUGACACUGGGGGGGGGGGGGGGACUGACUUGGUAUCACUGACAUGCCCCAGUGACACUAAUACAGUGAUCAGUGCUAAUAAAAAGCACUGACACUGUACUAAUGGCACUGGGCAGGAAGGGGUUAACAUGAGGGGCGAUCAAAGGGUUAACUGUGUGCUGGUUAACUGUGUGCUGUGUUUGUGUUUUCACUGUAAGCAUGCUGCUAUGCAGAGCCAUACAAAGCAGUGUGCAGCAGCUGACAGGGGAGAAAUCUGUAUUGUUUACAUACAGACCUCUGCUCUGUCAGUGUUCCUUGGCGGUCGCCGGGUG